AUGAAGGAUGUUGGUCUUUGGAAAAUUUUCAAAGUUGUUUUGAAUCACUCACAUCCUUGUUGUCCAGGCCAGGCUGAGAUGCUCAAACAACACAGGGAGCUUAGCAUGUUCGUGCGUCGCACCAUCGAAACCCACGAGAAAGCCGAAAUCAGAACGAGCAAAACUUACCAAUCAUUUGUGGUAGCAGCUGGCAACCAUUGUGAACUAGGUUUUAUAGAAAAAGACGUCAGGAAUUAUAUCACAAGGGAAGUACAGAAUAUUUCCAAAGAAGACGAUGCCGAAGAAUUUGGGAACUACCUAAUAAGAAUGAAAGAGAAGAACCAAAAUUUCUUCUUUGAGCUCCAUCUUGAAGGCGAUCACUGCAUUAAACAUGCAUUUUGGGCCGAUGCAAGAAGCAUGGCUGCAUUUGAGUAUUUCGAAGACGUGGUUUCAUUUGACACCACCUAUAACACAAAUAGGUACAAUUUGGUUUUAGGUUAUUUUGUGGGCGUGAAUUACCACGGCCAGUCGACACUUCUCGGAUGCGCGCUGAUGAAAAAUGAGGACAUCCAAUAA